UCAACUUGUAUUGUUAGUGGCUUCCUAAUAUCUCUGGUGGGAACAAUUUUGGUCUUCAGCCUCCAUUUCUAUGGCUCCAACAAGGUCAAACACUACUUUUGUGAUAUUUCACUGGUUAUCCAAUUUGCCUGUGCUGAAACCAAUGUCAAUGAGCUGGUCAUCUUCAUCUGUGGCAUCUUGGUACUUGUUGUUCCCUUGAUCUUCACCUGCAUGUCUUAUGGCUUCAUUGUCCAUACCAUCCUGAAGAUCCCAACUAAUGAAGGCAAGUGGAAAGCCUUCUCCACUUGUGCCUCCCAUCUUAUUGUGGUCAUUGUCCACUAUGGCUGUGCCUCCUCUGUCUACGUGCAGUUCUCAGCCAAAUAUUCAUCAAGCAAAGACAGGCUGUGACAGUGAUCUAUAUCACCUCUAUGCACUUUGAACCCAAUGGUAUACAGCCUUAGGAACAAAGAUCUACAGCUGGCCAUUCAGAAAGGAAAGACUUGGUUUUCUCUUAUGAGUUUAUAUUAG